UGUUUGUUUUUUAAGGUUGAUUGCACACAUUAGGAACAAGACCCGUUCCAAACAACCCAAACAUUUCUCGCAUUACAUUCCAUUUUGAGAAAAGAGAGAGAAACUAAAUCACACAAACACAUUACCCAACAACACGCACACACUCUUCCACUUUCACAUUCUUUUUUGUAUUCUUUCCCCUUCUCUCGCUCUCUCUAUCUUUCUUUCUUCAUACUUUUCUUUCAUUCAUUUUCUUCAUCAGGAUUUGGUCAAUUCAUCAAUGCUGUUUUGAUUUCUGCUGGUGAAUCAUUGUAGAUAGUUCUGUGAUUUUUGGAUCACAGAUAUGACCAACACAACUGCCGAAUUGUCUCAGGGAAAUAAUGGUGCCCCUCCCAAUAACCAACCUGGACAACCAGAGCAUCAGAAUUCUCGUGGUUCCAACAACAACAAUUCCACCAACAAUUUGAUUUUCAAGAGUGGACCACUUUUCAUAUCUUCCAAAGGAAUUGGAUGGACAUCCUGGAAGAAAAGGUGGUUCAUUUUAACACAAACUUCACUUGUUUUCUUCAGAAGUGAUCCAAAUGCCGUCCCUGUGAAGGGAAAUGAAGUGAAUUUGACCCUUGGCGGCAUUGAUCUCAACAAUUCAGGCAGCGUUAUUGUUAAAGCAGAUAAGAAACUUUUGACUGUACAAUUUCCCGAUGGUCAUGAUGGACGCGCUUUCACACUUAAGGCUGAAACUGCAGACGACUUAUACGAGUGGAAGACUGCUCUCGAGAAAGCAUUGGCACAAGCACCAAGUGCUGCCAACCCGGCGGAACAAAAUGUGAAUGAAAAAGAACCAACCAAAUCUACUGUAAUUGGCCGGCCAAUUUUACUUGCAUUGGAAGAUGUCGACGGAACUCCAUCUUUUUUGGAGAAAGCGCUGAAAUUUCUGGAAGAUCAUGGAUCCAGGGUAGAAGGGGUCUUGCGACAAGCAGCUGAUGUUGAUGAUGUUGAACGUCGAGUUCGGGAAUAUGAACAAGGAAAAGUUGAGUUUGCUCCGGAUGAAGAUGCACAUGUCAUUGGUGAUUGUGUUAAGCAUGUUCUUCGAGGAUUGCCAUCUUCUCCAGUACCUGCAUCUUGCUGUAAGGCACUGUUAGAAGCUUGCCGAACUGAUCGUAGUGUUAGGGUUGCUUCUAUGCGCGCAGCGAUAAAUGACACUUUCCCUGAACCAAACCGCCGCUUAUUGCAAAGACUACUGUUGAUGAUGCAAUCUGUGGCUUCACAGAAAGCUGUAAACAAAAUGAGUUCUUCAGCUGUGGCAGCUUGCAUGGCACCAUUACUUCUCCGUCCCCUUCUAGCUGGAGAGUGUGAGAUCGAUAAUGAUUUUGAUGUAGGUGGUGAUGGUUCUGUUCAACUUUUACAAGCAGCUGCAGCUGCUAACCAUGCCCAAGCAAUUGUCAUAACUUUAUUAGAAGAAUAUAGCAGCAUAUUCGGGGAAGGUUCUGCAUCGCCCGAUAUAUACACUGACUCAGAAGAUGAAAGUGGAUCCGAGAGCGAGGAGGGUUCUGAUGAUGAUAUGUCCUAUGAUGAGGAUUAUGACGAUGAACAAGAUGAAUCAAUACAUGAGUCUGAUGAAGAGGAAGAUGACAUUGUCAGCGGCGGAUCCUACACUGAAACUGGAUCUGAGGCUGAUGAUUAUGAUGACAAGGAUCACGAUCAUUCUCAUUCAAGUUCAAGAUCCUCAGAUGUGAGCGAAGAAAUUAAGGUCGAUCAAAAGUCAAUAAAGUCACGUGAAGGCUCACCGACUCAACAUGAAAACACCAAAAUCAGUGAAAAGGUCAUGAGUCCAAAGAAGGCUGCUAAUGUAGAUCAGUCCAAGUCCAAUAAGCCUGCUGAUACAGUUGGAGAAGCUUCCGCUGAUCUAGCUGGUAUGCAUAAUUCUCCUAGCCCUUCACAUAUGAAAAAAUCUGCAACCAUGUCAAAUGGCCCAGCACCUCGGCACCGAAACACGUUGGGGCGCACCUCUGCAAGGAAGAACCUCUCCAUGGAAUCCAUUGAUCUUCCUAUUGAAGAGGAUGAUGAAAUUGAAAGGCUCGAAGCUGCUAGGAAUGAACUGCAAUCCCAAAUUGCAAAUGAGGUGAAGGCAAAUGAAAAGUUUCAAUCUAAGAUAGAGGAACGUAAGAAAGACUUGCAAGAGCGGCGUUUGCAACUUGAGCAAGAUGUGGCUAAACUGCAUGAACAGCUGCACAAGGAGAAGAGUUCUCGGGCAACUCUUGAGACUAGGGCAGAACUUGAGGAAUUAGCUCUGGUAGAAGUCGAUCUUUCCAACUUAGAGCGGAUGGUUGAGGAGCUUGGGAAGCGGCUUAAUAUUAAAGUUGAGCGUAAUCAAGGAUCUGCUUCAGAUAUCAGUAAAACGUCACGUCAAUUAUCAAAUAAGGAAAGAAAAAUGAAACAUAAGGGAGAUGCUGAUGUUGCUGCCACAUCACAAUCUGAAAAGUCAGUAAGCAAGGAUACUCAUCUUACUGGAGGAGAAAAUGAAACUGAGAGAAAGCCAGAACCAAACAAACAGCCACCACCUAGUACCAAGAGAUCUUCUAGUUCAAAGGGUGAGGGAGCAAAAAAUACUUCUGCACUCACAAAACUGACAUCCAGGAUGAACUUUUUGAAGGUGAGCCGAAAUCAAGCUGCAAACGAGCUACAAAACGCGGAUAGAGGCCGAGAGUCGAGUCAGUCUUCACGCAACCUGGAUAAAGGAAAAGGAUCUGAGCGUCACCAACCACUUCCAUCCCCAAAAGGUAAGCCUCAAGGAUCUGAUGUGCCAAACCCAGAAAAGGUUAGAGUCAUAGACAGUUCCCCGUCACUCUCGGAUAAAAGAUCAAGCAAAGGUAAAUCAAAUCAGAAUUCUGAGAAACUAAAAAAAUCAGAUAGUCAGCCAGGCUACCGCUCAGAAGGAUGGGAUCAACAUCCAGCAUACUUGGAAAGAGGAAGGUCAGACGGCCAUAAACAGAAUUUUAAUGUGGAUAAAGGUCGAUGAUUACUACGCCAGGUUUUUGUUGCAGGUGAAAUCCAAACGAUACGGGGCUAUUGAAAUUGGUCAUUGUUUUUUUCUUUUCAACGUGGUGGCAUUGUUUAUGUCUUCAACAAUGUUUUGUGAGAAGAAUCCUUCUUUGCUAAGGUUGGCUCAAAAGCCUGUAUUCAAAUGAGAGCAGCAGUGAACCCCAAAAAAAAAACAGGAUAUGCAAAGCAUACAUAAACUGAACUGUUUUUAGCCUAACAUGCUGGUUUUUACUGACUCGGUAAACAGCAUGAUGAUUUUGCAAUUACAUUAUCGCGUUUGUAACUGCGAUAGCAUUCAGUAGUUUGACAUAAGCUGGCAAAGCAUUAUUAGACAGAUAACCCCUUCUCCAAGUUUCUUUGUUCUGACGUAUUUUUGAGCAAGUUAUCUUGUUAUAUCUUCAUAUAAUCAGACUCUUAAUCUGG